UCACAUUAGAAAAAGGAACACUAUACACAACAUACUUUAUGGCUCACUUAAGUAUAAACUAUUAUCAUCUUCACCUUCGGUUUUAUCAUACACAAAAAAACCAUAGCAAAUGAGCGGCCAUGGCAGUGGCGACGAGGUGGAGCUGUUGGGCAUAUGGUUUAGCCCAUAUGUUCGACGAGUGGUGUGGGCGUUGAAGAUGAAAGGAAUCAACUACGAAUGGGUGGAGCUAAGCUUUAGAGACCCCAAGAACAGGAACCGAUCUCUUUUGAAACACAACCCCGUGACGAAGAGAGUCCCGGUGCUCGUCCACCGGGGAAGGCCCGUCGUGGAGUCACUCGUGAUCAUCGAGUACAUCGACGAGACUUGGCGGAACAACCCCGUUUUGCCUUCGAAUCCCUAUGAGAGAGCCAUGGCUCGAUUCUGGGCAAAUUUUGUUGACCAAAAGAUAACUGAAGUUCUGAUCAAACUCUUGAGCUUAACGGACAAGACACAAAUGGAAGAGGAAGCGAAGCAGGCAAGCAACGCACUGGCGAUCCUGGAAAGGGAAUUGAAGGCCAAGGGCGAAAGGUUCUUCGGGGGAGAGACGAUCGGGUUAGUCGACAUUGCGUCGAGCAUAAUAACCACUUGGAUGGAAGCCAUCGAGGAAGUCCUCGACGUCCACAUACUCGACCCCCGAAUCCAUCCUUUCCUUACUCGAUGGAGGAUCGACUUUGUGGAGUUCGUCGAGCAUAACUUGCCUCCAAAAGAUAGAUUGCUUCGGUUCUAUCGCCGAUAUCACCAGUCCAAGAUAGCCGGGGUUGUGUCAUCGAGAUUGUAAGGGAUCGUUUUCUCAGUAAUCUAGGCCGCAAGGAGAAUAACUUUCCCUAAAUGUCAUCAACAAUGUUAUGAUCUAGGGAUGUGAAG